AUAUAUAUACAUAUAUAUAUAUAUAUGUAUUUAUAUAUAUAUAAAUUCUUUCAUAUAUAUUUUAACAGACGUUUAUAUGUAUGUAUGUUUGAAAGUGUUUUUUGAAGUCAGUGCAAUGAAUGCAUGCGCGUAAAACAAACAAUACGGUAUAUAAUUGAAUUUAUAAUAUAAUAUAUUAUAUAUGUAUAUAUAUAUAAAAUUAAUAAAUAUAAAUGGUUAUUCUUUUCAGACGGCUUGCAUUUAAACUAUAUCUUAUAUAUAUAUGAUAUCUAUCUUAUAUAUAUAUGAUUAAUAUAUUUAUUUAUUUAUAUAUAUUAUAUAUGUAUAAAUUUCUUUGCAACUUGUUAAAUUAAAGCCUAGGUCUUUUUUCUCGGUGAUUUCUGACUGCAAUCAAUAUGGCGACGAUAACUCCUAAUCAAAGUUUCAAUGAAGAGAAGGCUGCCCAGGAUCUGCGCAAAGCCAUGAAAGGACUUGGCACUGAUGAGGAUGCCAUUAUAAAAGUCCUGGUUGCCCACACCAACAGCCAAAGGCAGAAGAUCAUUGUUAAGUACAAGUCUAUCUUUGGAAGAGAUCUGAUUGCAGAUCUGAAAUCGGAGUUGAGUGGCAAGUUUGAGGAUGCCAUCAUUGCAAUGAUGUACGAACCGGUCAAGUUCAUGGCCAAAGAACUGAGAGAUGCCAUGAAAGGAGCAGGCACCGACGAAUCGGUGCUGAUAGAAAUAUUGUGUGCCCACAACAACAAUGAGAUCAAGAUGAUCAGACAUGCCUAUGAGAAUUCCGAACACAAGAGAAAUCUAGAGAAAGACAUAAAGAGUGAGACAAGCGGCCAUUUUAAGCACCUCCUGGUUGCCCAGUGCAAUUCUGGCCGGGAUGAAAAUAACGUAGUUGACCAUGCAAAAGUGGAUACUGACACUAAGGAUUUAAUUGCGGCAGGCAUAAAAAUGUUGGGCACGGACGAGGCAGUUUUCAAUCGCAUCUUCUGCACUCGCAGUUAUCCCCACCUGAAAGCCGUCUUCGAGAGGUACAGACUGGAUACUAAGAAGGGCAUUGCUGAUUCAAUUGAAAGUGAGAUGAGUGGAAGCCUAAGGGAAGGCUUCCUAGCUCUUGUCGAUUAUAUCUGGGAUCCAAUUGGUUACUAUGCCCAGCGACUCUACAAGAGUAUGAAGGGCACUGGCACUGAUGACAGAACCCUCAUCAGGGUCAUGGUCAGCAGAUCAGAGAUCGAUUUGAAGGAUGUUUCUAAAGCAUUUGCCAGAAAGUAUGGAAAGUCGCUGGCCGAUUUUAUCAAGGGUGACUGCAGUGGUGAUUACAGGAAGCUGCUGCUCGCCAUCUUGGGAAAUAAUUAAGAGUUUGAUUGGUUGAUUGAGUGGUUGUUGGUUGGUCGAUUGAUUGAUUGAUUCAGUGAUUUAGUUUAUCAGUUGGUUGAUUGACCAACAAGUAUAUAAGUUUGAUAUAAGGAACGUUUUCAUCUUUUCAAUCAAAUUCAAAUCAUAUUAAUUAUUCACACUUAACUAAUAAUAUUACAAAACGUUACGUGAUCUUACCGCCGUAGCUUUUACUUAUAGUUUAUACUUUUUCGACUCAUGUUGAUAAUAUUUCAAAAUGCUUCCCAAGGUUUUCAGUAUAUGUGAGCCUUAUGUUAC